AUGCGUAAAUACGAUACAUAUGGAUUGCCGUUAGCAGUACAGAUUUGGGUGUAUGAGACAGUUCCUGAGGCUCGGGGUCUUGUGCGGGAUUUAGGCGUUCCGCACACCCCAGACGAGGAGAUGCCUGAUCCGAGCUUGGACCGAGAUUGGGUAUCUGAUCGACGAUCACCUCCGCCGGGGCCAUCGCCGCCACCAUUGGCAUCAUCUCCGCCGAGAGUAUCGUCCCCGCCAUUGGCAUCACCUCCGUCGAGGGCAUCACCGUCGCUAGUGGCAUCACCUCCGCCGGGGCCAUCGCCGCCGCCAUUGGCAUCACCUCCGUCCAGACACCUCCCCUGUGUGUCUCCGGGGCACAGUGAUGAUUUGUAUGCCCAUUUGACUGGAUUUAUAGCGGAGGAGGUCGGCGCGCUACGACGAGAUUUGACGGAGAGGGUCGAUGAUCUGGGACGAGAGUUGACAGGGAGGGUUAACGAUCUGGCAGGGAAGGGGGUGGCCCCGAUGGGGAUGGGAGAGGGGACUACAGAGGGGGUGGCCCCGACAGGAGGGGCGGAGGAGGUGGCGACGGGAGGGGGAGGCCUCGGCGGGAGGGGCGGAGGGGGUGGCGACGGAGGGGGAGGCCCCUAUGGAGGGGGCGGAGGAGGUGGCCCCAGAGGUCGAGAGGACGCCCGGCGUGAUUGA